AUGAAGAAAAUGAUUAUUAAUACAUGGCGCUCUUUUGUAAAUAUUCCCAAUGUGGUUGGACCAGAUGUUGAAAAGGAAAUAAGAAGGAUGGAAAAUGGAGCAUGCAGCUCCUUUUCGGAUGAUGAUGACGACAGUGCCUCUAUAUUUGAAGAAUCAGAGAGUGAGAACCCCCAUGCAAGGGAUUCCUUUAGAAGUAAUACACACGGAAGCGGACAACCAUCACAGAGGGAGCAAUACUUGCCUGGAGCCAUUGCACUUUUUAAUGUUAACAACAGCAGCAAUAAGGAGCAAGAACCAAAAGAAAAGAAGAAAAAGAAAAAAGAAAAGAAGAGCAAGCCAGAUGAUAAAAAUGAAAAUAAAAAGGACCCAGAAAAGAAAAAGAAGAAAGAAAAGGACAAAGACAAGAAAAAGAAAGAGGAGAAAGGCAAAGAUAAAAAAGAGGAAGAGAAGAAGGAAGUCGUGGUUAUUGAUCCCUCAGGAAAUACGUAUUACAACUGGCUGUUCUGCAUCACCUUACCUGUUAUGUAUAACUGGACCAUGAUUAUUGCAAGAGCAUGUUUUGAUGAACUUCAGUCUGAUUACCUAGAAUACUGGCUUGUUUUUGAUUACUUAUCAGAUAUAGUCUAUCUUCUUGAUAUGUUUGUACGGACAAGGACAGGUUACCUAGAACAAGGACUACUGGUGAGGGAAGAGCGUAAACUCAUAGAGAAGUAUAAAUCAACCUUUCAAUUUAAACUUGAUGUUCUAUCAGUGAUCCCAACUGAUCUGCUAUAUAUUAAGUUUGGCUGGAAUUAUCCAGAAAUUAGAUUAAACAGAUUGUUAAGGAUCUCUCGAAUGUUUGAGUUCUUCCAGAGAACAGAAACACGGACAAACUACCCAAACAUCUUCAGGAUCUCUAACCUUGUCAUGUACAUCAUCAUCAUCAUCCAUUGGAAUGCGUGUGUGUACUUCUCUAUUUCCAAAGCUAUUGGGUUUGGAAAUGACACAUGGGUCUAUCCUGAUGUUAAUGAUCCUGAUUUUGGCCGUUUGGCUAGAAAAUAUGUGUACAGUCUUUACUGGUCUACACUGACUUUGACCACUAUUGGUGAAACACCGCCUCCCGUGAGGGAUUCUGAGUAUUUCUUUGUGGUUGCUGAUUUCCUCAUUGGAGUGUUAAUUUUUGCCACCAUUGUCGGUAACAUAGGUUCUAUGAUUUCCAACAUGAAUGCAGCCAGGGCAGAAUUUCAAGCAAGAAUUGAUGCGAUCAAGCAAUACAUGCAUUUUCGAAAUGUAAGCAAAGAUAUGGAAAAGCGAGUUAUUAAAUGGUUCGACUAUCUGUGGACCAACAAAAAAACAGUGGAUGAGAGAGAAGUCCUGAAGUAUCUACCUGAUAAACUAAGAGCAGAGAUUGCCAUCAAUGUUCACUUAGACACAUUAAAAAAGGUGCGCAUUUUUGCAGACUGUGAAGCUGGUCUAUUGGUGGAGUUGGUCUUGAAAUUACAACCCCAAGUCUACAGUCCUGGAGAUUACAUUUGCAAGAAAGGGGAUAUUGGCCGAGAGAUGUACAUCAUCAAGGAAGGCAAACUGGCCGUGGUGGCUGAUGAUGGGAUCACUCAGUUUGUGGUAUUGAGUGAUGGCAGCUACUUUGGUGAAAUCAGUAUCCUUAAUAUUAAAGGUAGCAAAGCUGGCAAUCGAAGAACAGCCAAUAUUAAAAGCAUUGGCUACUCAGAUCUAUUCUGUCUCUCAAAAGAUGACCUCAUGGAAGCUCUAACUGAGUACCCAGAUGCCAAAGGUAUGCUAGAAGAGAAAGGGAAGCAAAUCUUGAUGAAAGAUGGUCUAUUGGACAUAAACAUUGCAAAUGCUGGAAGUGAUCCUAAAGAUCUUGAAGAGAAGGUCACCCGAAUGGAGAGCUCAGUAGACCUCCUGCAAACAAGGUUUGCUCGGAUCCUGGCUGAGUAUGAGUCAAUGCAGCAGAAACUGAAGCAGAGACUAACCAAGGUUGAGAAAUUCCUGAAACCACUUAUUGACACAGAAUUUUCAGCUAUCGAAGGAUCUGGAACUGAGAGCGGGCCCACUGACUCUACACAGGACUGA